UGAUAGUGUUUCAUCACUCCGUUCCGUUAUCAGGGAAAUGGGUUUGUGGACUUUACUUGAGGGGUUUCUGCUUCUUGCAAAUGCGUUUGCAAUAUUGAAUGAGGAUCGGUUUCUUGCACCAAGAGGAUGGGGCUUCUCAGAUUUCUCAGGUGGAAGGACAAAGUCAUUCAAAGGGCAGCUUAUAGGUCUCAUUUAUGCAACUCAGUACCUCAGAGUUCCUCUCAUACUUCUCAAUUCCAUCUGCAUUUUUGUCAAGUUGGUCUCUGGAUGAUGCCUCUCAAGAUUCUGGCGUUUUUGUCUGAUGAUUUCAGGAAGGUCUUUAAGAUAGGCAAGUUUGGCAAAUCGCAUUGUAG